UCAACAUAACCUAAACUGUCACUUUUUCUUUAAUCGAGAAAUCAAAAUUUUCAUUAAAUAAUUUUAAUCUCAAUAUGACCGAUUUCGGGGAUUCGUUUCAAGCCGGUUUGGAUGGUCCAAAACCGUCAGGUGAUAAAGAAUUACAAGAAUUUUUAAUGGUAGAGAAACAGAAAGCGCAAUUUAAUGCUCAGAUUCACGAGUUUAACGAUUUUUGCUGGGAUAAAUGCGUCGAUAAACCAAGUAAUAAGUUGGAUAGCAAGACUGAAACUUGUUUAACAAAUUGCGUCGAUAGAUUUAUUGAUGUUUCUUUAUUAAUCACGAAUAGAUUUGCACAAUUAUUACAAAAAAGUGCUGCAUCUUGAAUGAAUCUUGUUACGAAUUUAAACAAAAAUGUGUAGUAUUUAAUUAAAACAUACAAUACAGUGUAAUUAUUAAUAUUGUAUGAAAACGGUUUUUAUUCAUUGUUUUUUCUAUUAGUAAUGUAAUUAUCGAAAUAAAAAAUGAUUAAUAAAGAUCAUUGUAUUUUGUA